CUGCAUGUGCUAUGCACUCUGCCUUUCCAGACACAUGUGAGGUUCCCCGAAACUUCCUUCCUUGACAUUUGUGGUCCUGAGAAAUUUUGUCUUGAGAUCAACUAGAUAAAUUAUAAUCGGUUGUACCCGUUUUGCUUAGCAGUAACAUUACUACAAUUCCACAAACUUUCGGCUUUGUAGAGCUCAGCAAUCUGCUUUUGCCGAACUGGUGCGGCUCUGGUGCUUCAUUUUCUCUGCAACUGGUCGAGAUGGAAGGGUACGAUUAUGAAGUGUUUUUGAGCUUCAGAGGACCGGACACGCGCGCGGACUUCACCGAUCAUCUCUAUACCCGUCUCAAAGAUGUAGGAGUCCGUACAUACAAGGAUGACGAAGAUCUCCGCGCCGGUGAAGAGAUCGGCCCAAAUCUGCUCAGAGCAAUGGAGCAAUCGAAGAUCUUCAUACCCAUCUUCUCUAUAAGUUAUGCUUCUAGCAGAUGGUGUCUGAAGGAGUUGGCCCAGAUGGUGGACUGUUGGAAGAGGAAGGAACAGGUAAUCAUGCCCAUUUUCUACGAUGUCGAACCAUCCGAGGUUCAAAACCAAACUGGACGUUAUGGUGAGGCCUUGCUUGUGCACGAAAACAAGAAGCGAGUGGACGAUGAGACCAUCCGCAAGUGGAGAGCUGCUCUCAAAGAGGUUGGAGGGUUAAAGGGAUGGAACAGACAAGACGUGGCUAACAGGUCCGGAGGAGAACUAGUUAAAGGGGUAGUCACCAUGGUUUUAAGUAAGCUGAAGAAGGCGUAUUUGGUGGUUAGUGACUUCUUGCUUGGGGUCAACGACAGUGUCAAAGAAGUUUUGGGGAUGAUAGGCACCGACACUGAUGAUACAAAGAUCGUGGGAAUCCACGGAAUGGGUGGCAUCGGAAAAACUACUCUUGCCAAAAUAGUCUACAACAAACUUUCUGGGGACUUUGCUAACUAUUGUUUCCUUGCUGAUGUUAGAGAAUCUUCACAUCAGAAUGGAAUUCUGUGGUUACAGUCUUUACUAAUCUCAGACCUCUCAAAACAAGCACAUCCAUGGAUCCAUUGUACAGAGGAGGGAAUAAAGACAAUAGAAGAGAGAUUUUCACAUAAGAAAGUUCUUAUUCUUCUUGAUGAUGUUGAUGAAAAGAGUCAAUUAACUGCACUUUUGGGGAGGCAAGGUUGCUUCGGUCCAGGAAGUCGGAUACUUAUAACAACAAGAAACGCAAUUGUCCUACACGAAUUUGGAGUAAAAAUGACUUAUGAAGUUGGUGGUUUGGAUUUUCAAAUGUCUCUUCAACUAUUCAGCAAGCAUGCUUUCAAAAGAGAUUGUCCUCCAAUUAAGAAAAUGGAAAAGUCUAGAGAAUUUGUGAUGAUAGCUGAAGGUCUUCCAUUGGCUCUCGAGGUUAUGGGUUCGACUUUAUCAAUACAUGGACAAAAAGAAGAAAUGUGGGAUGAUUGGUUGUUGGUGUGGAAAAAAGGUCACAUCAAGAGUAUUGGAAGUAAGUUGAAGACAAGUUAUGAUGCAUUAGAUUUCGAUCAGAAACAAAUAUUUCUUGAUAUAGCUUGUCUUUUCGAUGGAUAUGAUAAGAGUACGACAACAUACAUGUGGAGAGAUCGUGGCUUAUAUCCAACAAAAGAUCUUGAAGUUCUUCAAUUGAUGUCAUUGAUUAAAAUUGGAGAAGAUAAUAUAUUGUGGAUGCACAAUCAACUUAAAUAUCUCGGUAGAGAAAUUGUUUCUCAAGAAAGUGGGGGCAAAUUAUACGAGCAAAGUAGGUUAUGGAAUCACAGGGAUGCAUUGGAGGUACUACAGAGAAAGGAGGGAACGAAACGCGUUGAAGGUGUUCUUCUCAAAUUUGACAGUGGGUCAGAAUGGAGUUUUGGACCAACACAUUUUGAGAAUAUGUCGAACAUAAGAUUCCUUCGAUUGGAUCAGGCGAACCUCGAAGGAAAUUUUAAGGGGCUUCUGUCAAGUUUAAGAUGGCUCCAUUGGCAAGGUUGUCCUCGGAAUCUUGGUGCUCAAAAUUUGGAUUUGGAAAAGUUGGUUAUUCUAGAUCUUUCUUGGAGCAAGGUUCAUGAAAAAUGGAAUGGUUGGAGUGAAAUCGAGAAAGCCGGGAAUUUGAAAGUUUUGAACCUCACCGGUUGUGUUGACUUGAUCAGAACUCCAGACUUAUCUCAUUACAAAUGUCUAGAGAGAUUGAUUCUUGAAAAGUGUGAUCAAUUGGUUGAAAUCGGUUCAUCAGUAAAAAGUCUGCGGCGCUUGGUUUCACUGAACUUGAGGUGUUGCACUAAACUCAGUAAGUUGCCUGAAGAGCUGGGUUUCCUCAUGUCCUUGGAAGAGAUUCUUAUAGAUGGAACUGCUGUUCAAGAAAUUCCUGCCUCCGUCGGUCAUUUGAAAAAUCUUAGAAUCAGUGCCCGCAACUGUCUUUCAUCGAUCCAGCUGCCCGAAUCAAUUAGCUGUUUAAUUGAAGCGGAAAGCUCAUCCGAGGUGGAGGUUAGUAAACCAGAUAAUACCGAACAUUCUUCCUCUAAGGGUGUUGAUCGCAAAUACGAAGGAAAUGACGGUGGGAUUGACUAUAUCAGGAGCAAUGAUGGCGAAUUGAUGAAGCUCAAUAGCUUUCCUGAUGGUGGCACUGGAUGGCGUAAAAUUGGUAAAAUCUCCGUGUCAAGGAUUGAAAUUGCUAAGGGAAGUAAUGGGACCAUUGUUUAUGAGGGCAAAUAUGAAGAUCGACAUGUUGCCGUGAAACAACUUGUCGGGGCUCAUCAUGCUGUUGCCAUCAACGAGAUUCAGAAGUUGAAAGCAUCUGACAAACAUGAAAAUAUUGUCCGGUAUUUUGGAGAGCAGUGCGACGAGGAUUUCGUGUAUCUUGCACUAGAGCGCUGUGAUUGCAGCUUAGAUGAUUUAAUUCAAGUACAUUCCAAUUCUUCAAAUAACUCUGUCUCUGAUGAUUCAGCAUCAAUGGAUGAUUAUAAAAUCAAAUGUGUUAGGAAUAUGAUGGAGGGUGAUGACUUGUGGCGGGAAGAUGGUUAUCCCUCAUCUUGUUUACUGAAACUAAUGAGGGAUGUGGUAUCGGGACUCGAGCAUUUGCAUUACUUAAAAAUAAUUCAUCAGGACUUAAAGCCUCAAAAUGUCUUGAUUACAAAUAGUCGAUCGCUUGGUGCUAAGCUAUCUGAUAUGGGCAUUAGCACAUGCCUUCCUAAAGAUAGAUCUUCCAUGGGAUAUCGUGCCAUUGGUUGUGGAAGCUCCGGAUGGCGAGCACCUGAACAACUUAAAGGUGGACGCCAAACCUCAGCAAUGGAUUUGUUUAGUUUAGGUUGUGUCUUGUUCUUUUGCAUCACUUGUGGAGGACACCCAUUUGGUGAAAUUCUAUUUCGUGACUCCAAUAUUGCUAAAAACCAAAUGGACCUGUCCUCGGUAAAAUUCAUACCAGAGGCCCAUGAUCUGCUUUCGCGUUUACUAAACGAAGAUCCCAAUUUGAGGCCAAAGGCAUCGGAGGUGCUUCACCAUCCAUUUUUUUGGAGUUCAGAGGUGAGACUUUCCUUUUUUCGUGAAGUCAGCGAUAAAGUGGAAUUGGAAGCUAGGGCACCCAAUUCAGAUCUUUUGAAAGCAUUGGAGAACACUGCGCAACUGGUUUUUGAUGGGAAUUGGGGUGACAAAAUAGAGCCUGAAGUUAUGGCUGACCUACGCAAACAUAGGAAAUAUGACUGUAGCCGUGUCAGAGACUUAUUGAGAGCCGUGCGAAACAAGUUUAGCCACACAGAAGCUUCAGAUGAAGUUGAGGAGAUCCUCGGAUCGGAUGCUGAUGGUUUGGACAUUUACUUCACUGGACGAUUCCCGAGACUCUUGAUGGAGGUAUACCGAGUGGUGUCCCGGAUCUGCAAAGAGCAGAAACGCCUUCAGAAGUACUUGCUUUUCCCCCUUUGGCCACUUCCCACGGAGAUUCCUUCUUCAAGCCAGCAGGGUCUCGGCCAUGAAGCAGAAAUUCAUUGAAUAUUACAUAACAUUCCACCUGGCUUUUUUGUUGUGUCCGCUGCCUUGGUUACGAGGAUCAAAUUGGACGGGCUUA